GUUCGUGGUGAAUGGCUUUGAUAUUUGUUUUGACUCGGCUUUUGAACAUUUUCGGGAUAGAAAAACAUUUACAGAUAACAAAUAUAUAUUAAAUUACUAUAUAUACGAUGCAUCCUGGGCAAAUCGAGGUCAACGAGGUCACCGGCUAUUGGGAAUUUCUGCUCAGUAUCGAUUGGAAGGAUCCUUGGCUUAUUUGCCUUAUACUGGUGCAUAUCAUGACCACCACAACUGCUCUACUAAGUCGGAACAACUCAAAUUUUCAGGUUUUCCUAUUCCUAGUGCUACUGCUGGCGGUUUAUUUCACCGAAAGCAUUAACGAAUACGCAGCUCAAAACUGGAGUUCCUUCUCAAAGCAACAGUACUUCGAUAGCAACGGACUUUUUAUUUCGACAGUUUUUUCAAUUCCUAUUUUGCUGAACUGUAUGCUGCUGAUCGGUACAUGGCUCUACAGCUCCACGCAACUGAUGGUGACUUUGAAAACAGCCCAACUCAAGGAACGGCUUCGAAAAGAACGCCAAAAUAAGGCGGAUUCGGAAUCCACAGCCAAUCAUGUCAAGGCAGAAUAGAAUUUAAACAUACAGAUAAGGCAGUUGAAAACACAAGCAGAGCUGUGAAGUAUACUUUCCAAAUAAGUAGUAUAAUCAAAGAUAUUAACUGAAGAGUAGUUUACUGCCAAUUAUUAAUAGUUUUUUUGUGUCUUCUAAGUUACCGGCUUUCCAAACUAUUUCAAUAUAAUUGUUGCCAAUAAAUUUGCCUGCCUCUAAGCAAAACACCGAAAAAAAUAUAAAA